AUGCCUCCCAAGAGAAUCGUUGUCGAGAGAGCCGGCGGCCCCCGAUCCCGCCAGCCCAAGGGUUACUUCAGAUCAACCUACGACGCCCUGACCUCCGCUGAGAAUGCGCCCAUCGUCCGCAGCAUCGCCAUCUUUGGUGCAGCCGUGACUUUUCUCUCAAGCUCCUGGGGCGAGUUCCUUCUUCCUCCUCAAUAA